CUACCGUAUUUUAUUGAUAUUUGUUUUUAUGUGACUAUUUGAAAUGAGUCAGUUGAGAAUUUAUGGUUAUUUGCAUAAACUACAAAGUGCUUGAAAUAAAGUCUUGAAAUAUGUUUAUUGGGAAUCGGAUUCAUCGAAUGUUAUUAAUUCUUAUAGUUACUUUGUUUGUAAUACUUGGUAUUAUUUAUUUAUUUUCAGUGUCUGACUACAAAUACAACUCUGUUAUUGUAAAACCUAUUGGUACGCCUAAUGUCAAUUUUUUUAAGUCUAAAGCACUACUUAUUCCAAAACUAAUUAGUUCUCCAAUAAUAAAUGAUACAAAAGUUGAGUUAUUGAUUUUAAUCAAUUCAUCACCAUACAACCGCGGAAGACGAAAUGCAAUUCGUAAUUCAUGGGGAGCUUGUGAAAAACUCCAUUUGUUGUAUGCUGAAUCCAAGUUAAUACCAAAAGAAAUAUCAUGCAUUAGAGUUUUCAUGGUUGGGAAAAUGAUUUCAAAUAAAACAUCUUUGAUUCUCGAAGCUAAAACUUAUAAUGAUAUGAUUAUUGUAGAUCAUAAAGAUCAAUACAACACAAUCACUUAUAAAUUACUUGCUUCUUUUAGGUGGGCUCAUAAAAUUUUUCCAAAUUAUGUACUUAAAUCUGACGAUGAUGUGUUUGUACACUUGCCACGUCUUAUUUUACAAGUUCUUUCACAUACUAAAAAACGCUUUUAUGGAGGGGUUCCUUAUCAUAAUGGCAAAGUUAUGAGAAAUAAAAAUCACAAACAUUUCGUAUCUUAUGAGGAUUUCAAUGAACCUAGAUAUCCUUCUUUUUGUCGUGGAGACUUGUAUCUUUUUUCUGGCGAUCUUUUACCAGAGAUACUAAACGCUUCUGAAAAAAUACCUAUAUUUGGUGUUGAUGAUGCUUUUGUUGGAAUCCUUAUGAGAAAUAUAGGUGUUGUUCCACAGCAUAUAGAAAGAUUUAUUUAUGUAGAGCUGAAAGGGUAGUGUAGGUACAUCGACUAACUGUUAGGAAGAACAUGUAUUUAGUAUUUAUCGCUCAUGGCUACAGGUGCUACUACAGUUCUGCCCUAUAAGAAAAAAAACAAUUUC